AUGGCAGCAAAUAUUGUUGUGGCUUUUGAUCUAUAUGGCACGCUGUUGUCUACUGAUUCUGUCGCUGAACAUCUAGGGAAAUGUUUGGGAUCUUGUGCUCAGUCUGUUUCAUCACUCUGGCGUCGGUACCAGCUAGAAUAUACCUGGAGACUCAAUAGCAUGAAGAAAUUCGAGGAUUUUGAAACCGUGACACGAAACGCGCUGCGCCAUGCCGUGAGCGAGCAUGGGCAACAGCUACCAAACAACACAAUCGAGGACUUGAUGAAAGCGUACAAUGACCUGCAUACAUUCCCAGAUGUAGGACCCGCACUUAACAGAAUUACCAAUGAGCCAAACAUCCAAUCUGUGAUAUUCUCCAAUGGUACUACAGAAAUGAUCGCCAAAUCAGUCCAUUCUCGACAUUUAUCACAACACGCGAGUUCAUUUUCUGACUUCGUUUCUGUGGACGCUGUUCGAAAGUACAAGCCAUCUCCUUCCACCUACGAGCAUCUUGCACAAGUUGUAGGCAAAACACCGACGCAAUUGGGCGAGAUAUGGCUAAUCAGUGCCAAUCCGUUCGAUAUUGCCGGGGCACGCAAUGCUGGGUUAAAUGCGAUUUGGGUUGAUCGCGCGGCUAAAGGGUGGCAGGAUACUGUCAGCGCUGACCUUAAGCCUACGGCUAUUGUCCACAGCUUGGAGCAGAUUGUGACGGAGAUCACAACCCGGCAGGCGUAA